AUGAAUACGCUCAAGCGAAUUGGGCGUCUGCUUGCUCCCGCUCCAGACAAAUCAGAUGAUGGACGUGAUCAAUGGCCAUCACGUGCGGCUUUCCUUCUUGCAAGCAUGGGUGGCUGUGCGGGAAUGGGGAAUCUCCUUCGAUAUCCCUCAGUGGUAUACAACAAUUAUGGGCUUCAAUGGUUCAUUCCAUACUUCAUUGCGGUUUUCAUAGUUGCUAUUCCGGCUCUCAUUCUUGAGAUCUCGAUAGGCCAAGCAUAUCGAGGUGGAGCUGUGAUCGCUUACAACAACAUGAACAAGCGUCUGAGAGGCACUGGGUUGGGUCUUCUCUUCAUCGGCUGGUUUGUCAAUCAUUACUUUGUGGUGAUUCUUUCAUGGAUCAUGAACUACUUCCGGAACUCGUUCACAAGCCCACUGCCUUGGACCGGGCGAGGUGAUGAAUUCUACGCGGAAGUUGUUGGCAACCCCGAUCCUAUCGCCGGCAGCCUGAGCGAGAAUGGCUCCCAGGUCCUUGCAUAUACUUCUUAUCCAAGCACUGCUCUCAUUGGGGAAACCGUUGGGUGGACCGCGUUCAUCUGGUUUCUUUGCUGGAUCAGCAUAUUUCGUGGUGUGGGUCUUACUGGGAGAGUUGUUUACUUCACAAUGGGAUUGCCCUUGGUGAUUACCGUUAUUCUCGUGGGGAGAGGGGUCUCUCUCGAGAACGCUGGCGCUGGAGUGAAGCUAUAUUUUGCCACAUGGAGAGGAGGUGAGCUUGCGAAAGGGCAGGUGUGGCAGACCGCCUGUGGACAAGUUUUCUUUUCUACUGGAGUAGGCUUUGGUUACUUCACCUCCUACGCAUCCUACAACCAAAAGCAUUCGAACGCAGUUAUGGAUGCCAUACUUAUUGUUUGCAGCAACGUUCUCUUCGAAGGCUUCGCUGCCUUCGCAGUUUUCGGUGUCGUCGGCUAUCUACGUCUCUUUCCUGAGGAAGGUACUCGAUUGGGUAGCUUUGUGGUCGGUUUUCUUACCUUGCCUCUCGCGAUCACCGAGAUGCCUGGCGCCAACUUUUGGGCGGUGGCUUUGUUCUUUACGCUUGUGGUGUUGGGUUAUAGCUCAGCCUUUGCUAUGCUUGAUGCGAUUGCCACACUCGUGAUGGACUCAGGUACAAGAUUCUCUCGACCGGUUGUCGUCACUGCUCUGGUUGUUGUCUCCUUUCUGUGCUCACUGCCAUACUGCACUGAAUUUGGAUACUACUUGCUCGAUGGGGUUGAUAGAUGGAUCAAUGACGUUGCACUCAUAUUUGUCGUCUUUGCUGAGUGUGCAAGCAGCACUACGGUCUACCGCUGGAAGGAUGUUGUCGCAAAUGUGGGGCUUCCCGCAUGGAUUGUUUAUAACUCUGGCUACUACGGUGGUCUGGUCUUCGGCGUUGCUGUUGCACACGCUGUUUCUCCACCAGCUGGUGCUGGUCUUGGCUUUGGUCUAUACAUCGGCGGAUCAAUUAUCUCGACAUUGAUUGCGAAGACUCCCAGCUCUGCAGCACCCAGAUUCUGGUCUCGAAAUGUUUACGUCGCCAGGUUUUGGUAUGUUGCGUUCUACUCAGGCAAUCAAUUAAGGCGUGAUUUGAAUGUGAUUGUUGGUGCAGGUCGAAACUGGAAGAUUCCCACCUUCUGGCCAGUGUUACUCCGUUACAUAAGCGCGCCAAUCCUCGCCAUUAUCUUCGGGUUUGCCUAUCCAGCAUUCUACCAGCUACGAUACGACCCACUACACAUUAUCGGCUUCACUCUAGCCCACUUUGCACUCGUUAUAAUCACGCUGGGCUUUAUUCUUCCUCGGUGGUAUAAUGUUUUCGUUCCUCUUCAUCGUCGUGACGACGGGAGUCAGCCAACCGUUGCCAACGUUACCAAAGGGGAAAUGGAGGGUGAAAGAGACCAGAAUGUGGAGCGGCACUUGGAUUCUAGUAGUUCCACUCAAGAAAAAGUCGAAAAGAACGUUUCCGAGCCAGUUAUGGUUUAA